AUGAUUUCGAAGAUUCUUAGAUUAUUAUAUAAAUAUAAAUAAACUAAAUUUAUCACAACAAAGUCAUUUCAAAACAUGUAAUGAUAAUUAGUAAUGUAGAUAGAUGAAUCAGAUAAAUUAAAUGAAUUUUCUCCAGCCUUUCAAUUAUUGCAUAUAUCCAUAUAGAAAUCCUUAUUAUUAUAAUUUGUAUGCAGAUAACAUGCAUGAAUAGAAUUCAUCCACUGCAACAUACAAAUCAGAAGUGAUAUAAUGGUAUCUAUUUUGUUGAUUAUAUUUUGCAGGCUUACAACACUGGAAUAAUCUGAGUUGUAUAAACUAUUUUAGAUAAAAGGAUAAAUAAAAACCUUUCCAAUAAUGAAAAUGUUCAUAUAUGACAAACUAAAUAAUCCAUCAAAUUAUGCAUUACUUUAAAAGUUAAUAUUAAAAUUAUAUUUAGAGCAACAAUUAAUUUAGAGUCAAAAAUUGAUGAUUAGUUCAUGGUGAAUUUCAAAGCACUCCAUCCUAAAGCAGAAGUACAUAAAAAGCAUUAUUAAUUAAGGAAUUAUAUUCUAAAUUAAAUAUAGUUGAUGAUGAAAAUUUUUUGGAUACUAUUUUUGUAGCCGAACCACAUUUGGAAAAUUUAAACUCUUUCCUAGAUCUGUUGCAUGAUCUUUCUGAUAAAUAUUUUCUAUCAACAUCUCCAAAACCUUAAAUAGAAAUAGCUGAAGAUCCUUUCUGGUUUCAUAAGAAUAGUUUUCAUAGUUGUGCUGUUUGGAUCAUUAAAGAAUUUGAAAAAAAUAUUUCAUUUCAUUUUAGUCUUCAUAGAGAAAAAAAGAAAAAAUAAAGACUUUUUAAAGAGCCUAUCUAUCAAAAUACUUCUAAUGAACUUAAAGAAUUUUUUUUAUAGAAUCUUGCUAAUAAUAAGGAAAAAGUAAUUUAAAAUUUUAUGACUUUUAGUUAACCUUUUAUUUUUAAGAAAUCUAUUCAGAAAUUAAAUAAUAAUCAGAUCUCUUAGAAAAUAAAUUUUAUGAAAACAUAUUCUCAGGUACUGCAAUCAAAUUAAUGAAAUCAUAAGUUGAAUUGUUGUUAAAUUUUUAAUAAAAAUGUCAUACUGAUACUAAUAUUAUUAAUUCAAUGUUAAUUUCAUCAAUGAACGAUUUAGUAGAUUAGAAAACCUACAUUUUAAAAAAAUUUUAUAAAAUAGUUUAACAUUUAUUUUAAGAACAUUUAGAAUAAGAAUUAUUUAAGACUGAAAUGUAGGAUAAAAAACUUAAAAAAGAUAAAAAAAAGAAAAAGAAAAAAUACUAAAAAAUACAAACAUUUAAAGGACUUGAUCCUAUUGAACUAAAUAAAAGAUUAUCGAGUAAAAAUCUUCAAGAAUCGAAUAUAUUAAGAUUUUCAAGAUCACAUUCAUAAAGUAAUUUAGCUUAUACUUAUGUGACACCACCUAAUACACCAUCAACUUGGGAAACUAGCGAUGAUUAACAGUAUUAAUAAUAAUUAUUAUUAUAGGGAAUGCAUAAAGGCUUCAAAUAUAUAAUAAUUGUACAAAAAUUAAUUUAUUCAGAAUCAAAGGAUUUAUUUAAUUUAAGCUGAAUAGUAAUCUAUAUCUGAAUAGUUUAUUGCACAUUAUGAAAUUCCUACUAAUGACGAUUAUGUUGAUGUAGGAUAAGCUAUAACUAUAAAUAUUUUAGAAAUGGCAAAUAAUUCAUUAAAUGAUGAAAAUUAAUUUAGAGAGUAAUUUUUGAAAGAGAAAAAAAGAAUUAAAAAAAAAUAAAAAGGAUUUUAAAAAUCUAUUCCUGAAAGUAGAGAUGAGCAAUUAUAAUUAUAAUCACCUUAAUCUGAAAUUACUAGAUUUUCAAUAGAAACUUAAGCAUAAACAAUUAAAAGUCAUUGUUCUAAUAGAACAUCUUCUACAUCAGAAGAAGAAGAAGAAAAAUAAAAAUUAAUUUAGAUUAAAAAUUAAAUCAAAAUUAAGAAAAAUAAUAAUGAAAAAUAAAAUAACCUUUUUAAAUUAAUAAAUUCUUUGAAAAUGAAUUAGUUUGAGGAUUAAUAAUUUUAAUAAGACAUUAAUUCAGUUUCAAAUGAAAGUGAAUAGGUUUCUCAAAAACAUUUGGAAGAUGAAAUAGAUCUUAAAACAUAGAAGAAAAAUUAAUAAUUUUAAAAGAAAAAGAAUGAAACAAUAUAAUAAAAUUUAGAUAAAAAUUAGAAAGAUUAAUUAGAAAAUGUUUAAUAAAAGGGAAAAUAAAAAUUGAUUGAAUAAAUCAAUUUAGACAUACUUGAUUUUACAGAUAAUAUAAUGAAUGAAUAUGAAGAUAUGCUUCCAUUCAGAUUUUUAUCUUUUGAUAGAGUAAAAUUAGUAAUUUAGAAAGUAUUUUUAGGAAUUCCUGAUGGAAUGAUAAUGUAAAAAGUUAAUUUUAUUUUAGGCUUUUUGGAUCUUGUUCUACAGGAUUAGCUUUAAUUGAUUCAGAUAUUGAUAUUGGAAUAAAUGGUUUAGAAGUUUAUAAUAGAAAUAUGUUAAAAAAUCAUUUUGAUAAUUUAUUUUUUGAAUUUUCAAGAAAAAAAUGGGUCAUCAAAGCCAAGUAUUUAAUUAAAUUUAAUUAUUUAGUCCAAUAUUUAAUUCAUCAGUUCCAAUAAUAAAGUUAGAAUUAGAUCCAUAAAUUAAUGUAUUUGAUUAUGAAGGAAGGAAUUUAGAUGAAAAUUAGAUUUAAUAAUGGAAAAAGCUGAAAUAAAAAUUAAAGAGUGGAAUAAAAGUAGACAUUUCAUUUAAUUUUAAUGGAAAUGGAAUUUAUUCUACUCAUUUAGGUUCAAUAACUACUGAUUUAGUUAAAAGAUGGAUGGAAGAAUAUCCAUCUCUCUAGUAGAUUGUCCUUAUUUUAAAAUCUAUGAUAAAAAAAUUAAAGCUCUCUGAAUCAUAUACAGGUAAUAUUAUAAUUUAAUUAUAUUCUUAGGAGGGUUAUCCUCCUAUUCAUUAAUAAUAAUGGUUUACUCUUAUUUGAGAGAAAAUAGAAUUACAUCUAAUUAAAUUGGUGAAUAAUUUAUUGAUUUAAUAAACUUCUAUGUAAAUUACUUCGAUUCUUCUUCUACUGGAAUAGGCUUAUUGUCAGAUAUCAAUAAUCCAAACUCUAGGUAAUUUUUUUAUUAAUAAAUAGUUACUUCUUCAAUUUAUAAGAUUAUUGUUUACCCAUGUUACCAAUUACGAUAUUUAAUCCUUACAAUAGAAAAUUACUUACUCAUUCAUGUGUGUAAAUUAACAAAAUUUUUGAUUUCUUUAAAAUAAUUUUGAAGGAAGUUGAUACUAAAAAAGAAUUUUAUUAUAACUAUGUUGUUUUAGGAAAGAAGAAACAAUAGAAAUUAAAUAAAUAAUUAUCAAAUUUUAUUGUUAGCAUUUUAGAAUAAAUAAAAUGA